UUUGUCUGCGCCCUGCCUUCUCCGUUCGAUCUCCAGCCCCUGCUCUGCGAUAUGGAUUGUGUACACGCUGCGAUAGCCCAGAUUCGUUUAAUUCGUUCCGGGUCGUCCGGCGAUGGUGGCUUUUGUUUGGUCCGGGGCCGCCUCGGCCGAUGGCUCCAACAUAAACAAAUAAAUAAAGAGAAAAAGUGCAAACAAUAAGCAAUUACAUGCAAAUUAGAGAAGGAGAAAGAUCUGCAGACUGCUACAGUAGCUUGUGGGUAGUUUGUGUCUAAUUUGGAGUAAUAGAAGGCAGGAAUUGCUGUCGAUCGUUCGGAUGUGUAACAGCACCUCCUACAUUGCGGAUAUAAAUAUUAGUAAUGAGGGCUACAAUUGCUGAUAAAUUGAUCAAUGAAGGCUUGCGAUCUGAAUAUUUUUGAAUCAUGUCAACGGAUUGUUUCAUGCAAGACAUUCUGUGACCUCACAUUUCAAGUAGUGGAAAUUAACAAAUCAAGGCAUUAUUCCUGUACUCCUGAUAAAUAUCUUGCUUUAUUACACUGCAAACAGCUAAUUCGGAGAGAUCGGAACAAAUAUGAACCCUGUUGUUACUUUGUAUAAUGAAGCAUAUGUAGGCGGAGAUGAUCAUGUAGAUCAAUCAGACAGAACUACAAAUAGAAGGUAGACAUCUAGCGUUGAUGGUAUAGCCACGCAGUGCUAAUGACACCAAACUAUCAGAUAGCUAAUGUUCUAAUCGAUCAUCUACAAAGGAAUUACGUUAGGCUCUAUAGUUAGAGUUACUGAUACCUAAUGUCUAUUAUCCACAAGAAAAAAGUGUCAAUAUUUGUUUAAUGCACAAGUUAUCAUUUCUUUUCAAGUCCUGGCCACUGUUACAUCUCGCAGCCUCAUCGAAAUCGAUUACGCACAGUUUAUUGACAGUGAUUGUCUAAAAACACGCGCCUGCACCAAGGGGAGGGCAAGUGAUUAAGCGGUCGCACUUAUCACCGUAGCUCCCCUGCUUUUGGCGGAAUCGAUGCGCACAAUUAAAACACGACCGGCACGACAGUUGUAUAAAGAAGAUUUACAGCGUUCCGCUUUUGCGGUGACCAAUCCGCGCGGACCGUGGAGUGUCGAUCCAAUGGGGUUCAGGUUAAAAGCCACCAAAGUAUAAAAACCACCGGACAUAACCAGUAGCAGCAUCAGUUCACUUUCAACACUCUUCAGCGUAGUAAUAGCGUCGUCGGCGUGCCUUACUGGUCGUGUAGCGAACCCGUGUGCAAACCCUGAGCAGCUCUCUUAACGGUCCAAUAUCUUUGAUAGCAAAGCCUUCCACCCCACCAAGCUUGGAACACAACUCGCGAACGCAAUGGCUGGUGAAAUGCUGCUGACAAGUUGUCUGGUUGCACUGUGUCUGGUGGUUCCCGGAUUAGAUGGAUCCUAUCCAAGUGGCUCCGGACAGGAAAACGUUUUCCCCCACGCUCUGAAAAACGUACACUCGGUGGAACUCAGUGGCCAUCACUACCCGGCAUCGCAGGAAAUCCACCAGCAAUAUGACCAUGCUCCAGAGUACACGGCACCAGCUCCACAGCACCAUCAGCAGCCGCAGCUCUUCCUGCCGCACCAGCAGUACGUGGUGCAGUCGACGUACAAUGUCGGUUCCCAUCAGGAACAUUCUCGCCAGCAGGGAAAGCAGCGCCAAACGGCCCUUCCGUACAAUAACCAGCGUUUGCACGUGAAAGUCGAACAUCCAGGCGCGGCGCAUGGUUUCGCUCAUCCCAUCACUCCCUCCGCUCAGCAUCUGCGCCAGCAGUUGCUGCAGGAACCGAAGAAGGACUACCGCUCGUACAUUCCGAAAAGCAUUGCCCCGAAGCUCAACCCUCUCCAUCCGUCGUUCCACCAGAAGCGUAACUUUGUGCCACUCCAUCACAUCACGCGACAGGUGCCAGUCCCGGCUGGAAAGGUGACCCAGGGACAGCAACACUCAUCCCACGGGCAGUCAGAGCCGGUUAAGGCUGCGCUAGCUGCUUCGCCGCCAAAGCACAUCGCAGGAUAAUUGUGCUAGCGAUCUCACGCUGUUUAGCAAUCACUUGUUUAAUAAAGUAUUUAUUAUAAAAUGAAA